UUGGUCUCUCGCAAUCUUAACCCUUUUCCACCAUGUCAGAUACCCAGCCACACCACCACGCCAAUUCGCGCAAACAAAUCAAUUCAUCCGUUAAUUGACGCUCCAUUCCUUUCGAUUUCUUUCUGUUCGGUUCGAUUUGGCUUUAUAUCUAUAUUAUCUCCCUCCUUUUUUGGAUCAACAUUUUCAUGCACGAAUUUCAUUUUGUGCUUUUUACAAUGUCGCUCAUGCAUGAAUCGUGAUAGAUAAAUAUGUGUUAGGCAAUGCUUAUUGUGGCUAGUUGUUAGAAGAUUUGGAAUAAGGGUAUUAGUACAAGAGAAUUGCUGUUUGUGUUUUCAUCUAUGUUUGGAGGCGCUGCCAUUCCCGCUCAUAGUCCACACUUACGCAAAUCUGGGAGCAGACCUGUUGUUUAUGAUCUUGAUGACAAUGAGGUGGAAAAUGGUGUUGAGGAAGGUUUAUUGCAUCCCGUGGAGGCAGCUGAUUCAAAGAGUGGUACAAUACCAGUGAGUGCAGCUGCAAUAAUGCCCUCGCCCAUUUUGUUGCUGAGAUUCAAGGUUUUUACAUUGCUUUAGCUUAUAGCUUUGAAACUUCUUUUUUGUUUUGUUUUUUCCCAUAAUGUAUUUGGAGUUGUCAUUUGAAUGAAUUCAAAAGUUGUAGGAUGAACUUAAUGAUGGAGUGGAAUGUUCCUUUCAUUCUUGUCGAGCUGUUUUGUAUUUGAUUAUUUUGGGAGAAAAUUUUGGGGUUGAUUGACAUAAUUUAUGAGUAUAGUCCCAAAUGUGCACUUGCUGCUGUUUGCUUCCUUCUAUUUUUUAUUUUUCUACAAUCUUAUUGAGAAGGAUGUCCAGGUACUCUUGUUCCUUAUGUGGGGCUUCAUCUGUUGCAAGGUCAGUAAUAUUUUCUCCCUGCAACAUUUCUCCUCAACUCCUCCGUGGGGUGUGAGAUUGAGGUAGUAUGCCCUUACCUUAAGGAUUUCAUCAUAUUGCCACAAUCUUAUUUGCUGUGUUCAAAAAUUGCAGAUUGGAUGGGAUUCUGUCAUGAGAAUGAGUGCAGACAAGCGGGAUUUAUUUCUAUAUGAAGCAUUUUUGUAUUUUAACCCUCUUCUUCUUACGGCUUUGAUGGUGUGGCUGUGGGGAAUCAAUUUAUGGUUUUUUGCUCAGGGUGGAGUCAAUUAUGCAAAAAUAUUUGAUCUUGAUCAAAAUCAUCUGACUCACCGAGAAAUAUGGAAGUGUGCCACAUGGAUGACAAUUAUUGUUCCAACCAGUAUGACAGCAUAUAUUUAUCUUUAUUCUCAUGGAGAGGUCUCAUAUGCUGCAUCGCAACCAGUGUGCUCUUAUAUGCUGCUGUUGUAAUGGUUUUGAUAUUCCCCUAUGAUAUCUUUUAUUUUUCACCUAGAUAUUACUUCUUAAGGACACUCUGGCGAAUAGUUCUCCCGGUACAGGUGAUAUCAUUCUCCGAUUUUUUCUUGGCUGAUAUUUUAACUUCCAUGGCAAAGGUCUUUUCUGAUUUGGAGCGUUCAGUAUGUAGAAUGGUCCAUCGACAGGUUGCCACAAUUGCUUGGUUAGAAGCUGAUUCUGUUUGUGGCAGUCACUCUGUUGCAAUCCCUUUAGUUCUUGUUUUGCCUUAUCUUUUCCGCUUAAACCAGUGUCUCCGGCAGUACAAAGAUACUGGAGAGAAAACUACUCUUCUGAAUGCUUUAAAAUAUUCAACAGCAGUGCCUGUGAUUUUUCUUUCUGCCCUUAAAUAUCACGUCUUCCCUGAUAGGUGGACAAACUUUUAUAGGCCUCUCUGGCUUCUGUCAAGUGUUGUGAACUCAUCAUACUCUUUCUACUGGGAUGUGACUCGAGAUUGGGACCUAAGUGGAUUCACUCGAAUAUUCAAGUUCAGCAAGCCACAUCUGUUCUCACAUAUGUUACAUGGAAGGAGAUGGGAACAAAAGUGGAAGCUCUCUCUGACGGCAGCUUAUAGCGGUCGUUGACGGCAAACAGAAACAGAGAAACCUUAGAAAGAAAGAGAAUCUGUUUGUGUUUAAGGAUUUGGAACAUUCAUUCAUUCAUUUCAUCUGAAAUAUGAACAUUUGAAGUUUCUUCCAUUCGAGGAAUCCAUGGCUUCCAGUGGUGACGGUGACUCCUCCAAACAAGAGCUCUUCCAUCUCAUCAAACGCUUCGGAGCUUACGUCACUUUCAAGAUCUCCAAUAUCCUCUCCCUCUCCAUUCACAACCUCGAUUAUCGCUCUAUUGGGGCGGUUGCUGGUCUUGCUGUUGCAAUUGUUUUCACUUGGAGGCUGUUGAGAUCUCCUUCUGGGUCUCAAAGGAGGCAGCAAAAGCGGCAAGGUGCUUCAUCUAGCAAUCCUGGAGUCACUACACAGUCAAAUGCCUCGGUAGUUACUUCUGAUGUUUCUUCACCCUCAGAUGAUUCAAGGGCACAAAAUGUUGUAGAUGAGUUCUUUCAGCCAGUCAAGCCAACCUUGGGGCAGAUAGUUAGGCAGAAGUUGAGUGAAGGAAGAAAGGUAACUUGUCGUCUUCUUGGAGUGAUCCUUGAGGAAAGUAGUCCGGAGGAGCUUCAGAAACAAGCUACUGUAAGGUCCUCUGUGAUUGAAGUAUUGUUGGAAAUAACAAAAUUCUGUGAUUUAUAUUUCAUGGAACGGGUUCUGGAUGAUGAAAGCGAGAAAAGAGUUCUUGUAGCUUUGGAAGAAGCAGGAGUAUUCACUUCAGGUGGUUUGGUCAAGGACAAGGUUCUGUUCUGCAGCACAGAGAAUGGACGGUCAUCAUUUGUUCGGCAAUUGGAACCCGAUUGGCAUAUUGAUUCAAAUCCAGAAAUUGUCUCUCAGUUAGCUAGGUUUAUCAAGUAUCAGCUUCACAUAUCUCCUUAUAAAACCGAAAGAACUGCUGCAAAUGUGUUCAGUGCUCCAUCUCUGGAACAUUUCUUUGGAUCCAUAUGAAACUAAAACUUUUACAGAUCAGAUGUUAUUCAUAAAUGUCUAGUUUGUUUCUAUUGGCAUCUUGGUUUCCACAUUAACCAUAAGUUUUUUCCAGCUUUUCUAGAUGUAUGAGACCAAGGUUAGAUUUUCUUCAAGAUUUAAUGGGUUCUCAUUCUAGGUGGCUGAAAGACCUGAUAUGUAUGUGUAUGAUGGCUUUGAGGAAGAAGUUUUAUCAUUUUCUUUUUACUUCUUUGGUUUGAAAUUUGUGCAUUACAUUGUGUCCCAUCCAGACAUUUUAAACUGGCAAGGUGGCAAUUUUUAUUAUAUGUUUGUAUUUUAUCAUGUUACAUUACAUGCUAUGCUAUCAUGGAUAAUAUUAAGGAUCAUGCUGCAAACAUCACGUGGCAAUGGAAACAAGUUUAAAUUGUUUCUUGGUUGUACAGUUUC